AUGGCCGCCGUCGACAUCAGCGAGCUUCUCCGUCUGGAGGCCGAGCUGAAGAGUUCACGUGCACGUGAAACAUGGACUGUUAGUCUAGACGCCAAGGUGAAUCUCCUCAAGUACCUUCAAAUCCAGACGGUACUGCAGUUUCAAGCAGCCUACGACGAUAUGUACUACGAGCUCCACCAGACGGGAGGGCUUGAUUGCCUUCGUAGUAUCGCCCCGGUUCGAUCGACGGGCGUCUUCCAGCCCAAGGUCUUGGAUCUACAGGACUGCGGUCAGGACGAUCAACUUGAGAAGCAGCUAGAGUUCUAUCUUGCGGACGCUGAGCUUGCAAAGGCUUGUUUGGACGAGCUCGUCAUGAACGUCGCACAUGACUCGAGCAAAUACGAGGUUCAAUGCGUGGAGAUCAAGUCACGGGAAAGCACGCGACGGAAGGCCAGCACAGGGUAUGAUGGGGACGUCCGAAAGGUUGCUGACAUGGCUAGAGUGACUGUGAUUUGCGCCACACCGGAGGCCCUGAAAGAGGCGUACUUGGCUAUUAUGGAGUUGCCCGAGGUUCUGCGGGUGAAAAACGGCUUCAACUCCGACUGGAUGCCUAGCGGAUAUCGAGAUGUAAAGUUGAACCCCGUCGUGAACGACCACCUAUGCGAGAUUCAGCUGCACCUCCGCGGGUUUUUUGAAUUGAAAGGCGGCCAACACGCCGUGUACGAGUGGGCGCGGGAGCUCAACGUCACCACGGAUAUGCGCAGCAAGGACCUGUUCAAGAAUCUGUCCCCCGAAGUUUCCGAGGAGAUGAUUCGUCUGGCUGGGCAAAACUGGGCUGGAACUGCGUACGUUUUACCGGACGUACAGCUCGAUGCUGGACAGUACGAUUUGGCCGAGAAGAGCCACCGACAGGAACUUGCGGAUGCUGAGCACGAAGCACGGGAAUUCGAGGACCACGACAGCGAGGAAUCGAGACGAGCAAUGCACGGCGAAAACACAGCCAGGUCAAGACUCGCCCAUGUUCUGGAGAAGCAGGGCAAGUUUGAGGAGGCAGAGACUAUAUACAGGCACUCGAUGUCUAUUCUUAAGAAGACACACGGUCCUGACCACCCGGAAAUCGCUACAGGCCUCAACAACUGGGCGGGGUUGUUGAGCAGUCAGCAUCACGAAGCGAAUUUCUCUCUUGCCUUUCGCGUCCCAUGCCAGGGCAAGUAUGACGCAGCCGAGCCUCUGUACGUUCGGUCGCUGGCUAUCCGUGAGAAGGUGUACGGUCCUGACCACCCGGAGGUCGCUACAAGCCUCAACAACAGGGCGGAGUUCUUGAGACAUCAGGGCAAGUAUGAGGAGGCUGAGCCUCUCCACGAUCGGUCGUUGGCUAUCCUUGAGAAGGUUUUAGGUCCGGACCACCUGGACGUCGCUAUUGUCCUAAACAACUGGGCGGAGACUUUGCACCGGCAGGGCAAGUAUGAGGAGGCCGGGCCUCUGUACGUUCGAUCGCUGGCUAUCCGUGAGAAGGUUUCCGGUCCUGACCACCCGGUAGUCGCUAAAGGCCUCAACAACUGGGCGGAGUUCUUGAACAGUCAGGGCAACUUUGACAAGGCAGAGCCGCUGCUCGUCCGGUCGUUGGCUAUCCGUGAGAAGGUUUACGGUCCUGACCACCCGGAAGUCGCUAUUGGCCUCAACAACUUGGCGGCGGUGUUGUUCCGGCAGGGCAAGUUUGACAAGGCGGAGCCGCUGCUCGUCCGGUCGCUGGCUAUCCAUGAGAGAGUGUACGGUCCUGACCAUCCGGACGUCGCUAGCGGGCUCAACAACCGGGCGCAGUUGUUGUGCCGGCAGGGCAAGUUUGAAAAGGCGGAGCCGCUGUUCGUCCGGUCGCUGGCUAUCCAUGAGAGCGUGUACGGUCCUGACCACCCCGCAGUCGCUGCAGGCCUCAACAACUUGGCGGCGUUUUUGAGAGAUCAGGGCAAGUAUGAGGAGGCCCAGCCUCUGUUUAUUCGGUCUCUGGCUAUCCAUAAGAAGGUUUACGGUCCUGGCCACCCGGAAACUGCUACUGUCCUCAACAACUGGGCGGGGUUGAUGAAAGAUAAGGGCGUGUACGACGAGGCUGAACCGCUGUACCAGAGGGCACAGGAGAUGAUGGAGAACGCGUUGGGGCGGGAUCAUCCAAACAUUGCCACAAUUUUGAACAACCGGGCGUUGGUGAUGGAGAAUCAGGGCAAAUAUGAGGAAGCGGAGCCUCUGUACAUUCGCUCACUGGCUAUCGAUGAGAAUACUUUUGGUCCUGACCACCCGGAAGUCGCUGCAGACCUCAACAACCGGGCGGCGUCGUUGUGCCGGCAGAAGAAGUACACGGAGGCGAUCCCACUAUUGGAGAGGGCCCUCACUAUCCGAACGAAGUGCUUUGGGGCAAACCACCCACACACAGUCGGGACUAGGAACGGGCUGGGAAUUGUGCGAAAAGAGGCUCGUGCACAACUGGAAGGUCAUGUAGGCAAGCCUCGUGCACAGCUCAUUGGUGGCGAUAGCGCCUGAUGGCACUCACUGAAAAUUGUGUGGUCCAUAUGGCACAAAUGUAGACGAUACGGAAGACGGUGUGUAGCGCUCACUGCAAACAAACGCGAUGAGCAACACCGGGGGAAAUCUCCCAAAAGGCAAGAGGAAAUUCUUAUCCGGUGCACCGAGACGUUACAUAUUCAUCUCACGUCCUGGUAUUCACGGAUACUGGCUGUGGUGUUCAUCAAUAUUGCAUACCCUGUUGAAACGGUAUGGAUUGACCACUGAUGGGUCGUUUUCGCUGCCAAUGUCGUUUGUUGGGUACAGAGGAUAGGCGUGUAUCAUUGGUGUUGUUUUUCGUACGUGGUGUGACCACCCUUCCCGUGGAAAGGGUAGACAACUUGCGUUGUGAUUCUUGAGGCAGGGCGCUGAAACAGUCAGUCACGCUUGCCCACGAAUGUUCCGGGUGUAAACGAUGCGCCGCUCGGGUCCAACUGCCAUUCAAAUGCUGACCUUGACUUGCCGAGAGACAUUUUAGUUUGUUCUAGUACAAUCGAAGUACCAAUGUACGAUGAACCAGAAUUGAGCAAAAGUAGGCUGCUAUGAUAGUCCUGCAGCUGGAGUCAAGCGUAUUCACCCAGCUUGGAAAAAGCGGGUUUGUCGAAGAGAAAGAAGGUGCUAAUGUUGGGUAUCGAGGGAUGUCCUUACCUUCACCGGUGAUUUUGCCCCUUUCUCUCUUUAAAUUGCCUUACGUCGGGAUAGGUUGCAUAGGCGUUCGGUCUCUGUUGAGGCGUCACGUGUAGCUAUGGACAAGAGCGCCCCAUCGAGGCCCGCAGAGAGCAAUGGCUCGUAGCGUAUUGUCUACAUACCAGUUUUCUGUUGUUUUCACAGCGAGUUCAUCGCCCUACGUGGCCGACCACACCUCCCAAUAUUAACCCUUGGAACAAAUACAAGC